UAUUCGCAAGGCAUAUUUUGCCGACAUUUUCUUACUCUCGAUGUCGACUUCAAGGUGUUAAUGUAUUUACGGUAUCAGAAAUUGGUUGAUUUCAAUAUGGCAACACAAAAAAGGAAAUUUAACGCACGAAAUGUGAAUGAUUUAGAAGAAGCUGCCGCAUUGAUAAAAAGUGGAAAAUUGCUUGGAAUUCCUACAGACACCGUUUACGCUAUAGCGGCAUCUGUUAAACACCCAGCUAGCGUUCAAAGGAUCUUUGAUGUAAAAAAACGACCUUCUGAAAUAGCUAUUUCUCUCCUGUUGGCAAAUAAACAAACAUUAGUGGACACCGAACCAGACUUUCACAAGGUCUUGCUGGCAUUUAUAAAACCCGCUGCUUAUGGUUUUGUUGUUCCGAAAGGAAAAUGGCUUGAGAAAUUAUGCCCUGCAAGUACAAUAGCUCUGUUGGGUGAUGAAGAUAGUAUUUGCAUUCGAAUCCCAACCAACGCAGAGCUAAGUUUAUUUUGUACGAAGACCGGACCCAUGGCUAUAUCCUCAGCCAAUAUACACGGAACACAGGACUCAACGAAUUCACGUAUGGUUGACCAAGCAUUUGGAGAUAAAAUUGACGGCAUUGUUGAUGCCGGGAAGGCUUUAAGCCUCACGUCGUCGAGUAUUGUGAAUUGUCUUGACAUCCCUAAAAAACUCUGCUAUUUUCGCAUUGGCAGCACGUCGCAAGAAACCAUUUAUAAAGACUAUAUGGCUGCAAAAAAAGAAGUUGAAGGUGGUAAAACAACAACUUAAAAGCUCCAAUGCUAAAGCUUAAUUAAACGCUUUCGAUACUUAACUCUAAUAUUACAAUUCAAAUGGAAACAUAAGAAUAAUUAAGCUUUGUAAGAUACGUUAAAACGUCGCGCUGUGAAAUUUAUUACUUUUUUUCCACUAAUUUUUUGAUACCUUUAAUAAAGCAGAAGUCUAUCGAAGAAAAGCGACCAUAUGGUUAACAUUCAUCUCGAUGUGUUUUUUUUUUGUCGAAUAUAAAAUUUAAAAUUAAAAUUUAUAUUUUACAUGUGUUGUAAAAUAAAAUGCUGAUCUAAGCAGCCCACUCCAAUUGCGUCUAACUUUAGUGACACAAAUGUGUUUAACUAAUAGUAAGCUUUACAGAAUAUUUAGCCAGUGUUACAUAGUUGUUUUACUAUAUAGGCUUUACUUAGUGCAAGAUGUAUAUUUUUUCAUUAUGUGAGAUCUGUUCUAAGCUUUAGAUAAACAUGCACGUUGAUUUUUAAAUUGUAUUUUACGUUUUGCUGUAAAUGUAAUUAAGUUUCGUUUAUUUAAUUUUGAAACGAAUUAUAUUUUAAACUGUUUUAAAUGCAAGAUUGCAUUGUAUUCUGUAUAAUUAAAGUGGGAGUUAUAUAUAUUUUUUUCUAGAUAGAUCGCUUUUGGCAAACCUAAAAUAUCACACAUACAUACAAAGACACACAGGAAUACACACAUACACCCAUUCCCUCAACACUCUUAUAUCUAAAAAUAGUUUAAAUAGCCCAAUUGAAAGUGGUCUGCUAUACAAAUCUUGGAGCUUUGAAACUUAUUAUACAAGCAAGAUUAAUAUAAAUGUAUUAUAUAAACUUAGUAUGUAUGCAAUGCUGGAUUCCGAAACAGCCAAAUAAAUAC